UUCCGGGCUGGCCGCCGGGUCGGGAGCGUCUUCUGCUGCUCCUGCGGGGGCUUCCCAGUCCCACCGCGAGCCGAAAUGGAAAAGCCGUCCCCAGAGCCCCUGGACUCCGGAGAGGGAGGUGGGACGCCGCCGGAAGCAGACGGCCUAUCAGCAUCCCUGGACGACCACGUGGCUCUGCUGCUCAGACUGAGAGCACAGACAAAACAACAACUCUUGGAAUAUAAAUCAAUAGUUGAUGCAAGUGAAGAAAAAACUCCGGAACGAUUCAUGCAAGAACAGCAAAUUGAAGCUAAAAUUGAAGACCUGGAAAAUGAAAUUGAAGAAGCGAAAGUUGCCUUUGAAAUAAAAAAGCUUGCAUUAGACAGGAUACAACUUUCAACUGUUCUUAAAAGAAACCUGAAAAAAUUUGACACCGACACGAGUGUGCUCCUGAAUAACAUGAAACACACAUUAAAGCUAACUAAUUCAAUAAUAAAAUCACAGCAGGAAUCUUGGGAUCUGGAGGAAAAACUGUUGGAUGUAAGGAAGAAGAGAUUGCAAUUAAAACACGCUUCAGAAAGUAAGUUUUCAGAAAUACAGACUGAAAAGAACAAGCAGAAAGAGGAUCUGGAUAGUAUGGAAAGUUCAGACAAGAUAAAGGCCAUAAAACAGAACCUACAGAUGGAGAUACACAUCACCACAGUUGUGCAGAAUGUGUUUCAGAACCUUAUUUUGGGGAGUAAAAUCAAUUGGGCAGAGGAUCCCGUCCUGAAGGAAACUGUUCUUCAGCUUGAGAAGAACCUCAGCAAGAUCUGAUAAGAAUUCUCUUUGGGGCUGGAGACAUCCACAGAACAGAGUCGACUAACCUCCAUGCACCACAGGUGUGGUCCAAACCCCUUUUCCCCGCAAAAAAUUCUGUUUUUUUAUUUUGACUUUGUAUUUUAUAUGUCACUUAAAAUGAAAAUUUUAAGUGAAAUGGUUUUUUCAGUGUGUUUAGGAGUAAUGUAAUGCUGCAGAAUUGAUAUUUUUUUAGUUUGAGUUAGCACUGUAAGAGCAAAUUGCUACAAACAUAAUUGUUUCAAAUAUGAUCAUUAAAAUGACUGCUUGCUUUAAAAGAAUCUGAAAUUCUUUGCCUUUGAAAUGUCCUAAAGGAUGAGCCGGAGUGAUAGGACAGAAGGUAGAGUGCUUGUCUUGCUCAUGGCUGACCUGAGUCCAAUUCCUGGCAUCACAUAUAUCCCCUGAGCACUGCCAGGAGUAAUCCCUGAGCAUUGCUGGGUAUGCCCUCCCCCCCCCAAAAAAAAAGCCCUAAAGAACAUCUAACCUAACUUUCUAAUGAAUAUGGAUAUUUUGUUCUUCAACAAUCCUGAGUGUUUCAGCUCUCAUUUGGAGUACUCAUAUACAUUCAUUUAUUUGCCAAAAUAUUAGGAAAGCAUUUCAUUAAACAGAAAAUAAGGCAUUCCAACCUGGGAGAAAAGGAAAGCAUAUCCACAGCCAUAACAGUCAUGACUAUCUAUCGGGAGACUGUGACUCUGAAAAGAUUUUCUAGGAUUGGAGUGACAGUACUGCGGGUAGAGCACUUGCUUUGCAUGUGGCAGACCUGGAUUCAAUCCCCAGCACCCCAUAUGGUUCCCUGUGCCCACCAGGAGUGAUCUCUGAGCAUAGAGCCAGGAGUUAAGUCCUGAGCACAACUGGGUGUGACCCAAAACCUAAAAAGGAAAAAAAAACAAACACAUAACUUUGUGGAAAUAAUUGGAGUAUACUGCAGUACCGACAGGUAAAAUAUAUCUAUCUGGUUUUGAUUGUCCCCUUGGUGACAAGAAAGGCAUUGAGUGCUAGGAAUAGAACCCGGAGCCCUGUGCAUGCGAGGUAUUUGCCCCUUUGAGCCUUCUCCAUGCUCUUACAAGGAUCAUUCUGAAACUCUGCCCCCAUAUACACAGGGUGGGGAGUGACUGAAGAAAGACAUUCUCUGCAGGAUUGGUGGAUAGUGAAGCUGAAUGAGGGCCAGGCUGUCCUGGUGUAUCAGAAAGCCAAAUACUGGGACUGAAGCCAUAGUACAGCAGAUAGGGCAUGUGUCCUAUACGUGGCUGACGGGGCUCAAUCCCAAGCAUCCCAUGUAAGGUGCGCAGCUGUGGCAGACCCCAGUUCCGAACUGUCCCGCUCCAGCCCUUCCCAAACCCCUCCACCAAGAGUGACCCAUGAUUGCAGAGCAGGUGAGUUCUGCCAGGAACUCAAAAGUGGAUGACCCCGGGGGAACUAUGGGUUUGUGUGACUCAAACCCACACACCAAAAAUAAAAGAGAACCCAAAGAUAAAAACAAAUCAAUGAAAGUAUGAGUAGAAAAAUAACAGGAAAAAAAAAAAAGAAAAAUAACAGGAGGGGCUGGAGCUAUAGCAUAGCGGGUAGGGCCUUUGCCUUACACGUGGCCGACCCGUGUUUGAUUCCCAGCAUCCCAUAUGGUCCCCCGUGCACCACCAGGAGUAAUUCCUGAGUGCAGAGCCAGGAGUAACCCCUGUGCAUCGCCGGGUGUGAUGGAAAAAAAAUAAAACAACCAAGAGAACCAAUGAAACUAAGAACCGGUUCCUUUUUAGACUGGAGCCUCCCAAGCAGUGCUCCGAGGGCCCAGGGCCCUUUCUAGUGAUACUUGGUAACCAGGACUCACUGUUCAGUGCUCAGGGGCCAUCAGGGCUAGUGGUGCUCAGGACUGUCCAGGCGACACCAGGCAGUGCUGGCAGCCGAGCCAGUUCCUUGAAAAAUUCAACAAAAUGUUUUAAUUUUGUUUCAAUUGACUACUAGAGAAAGCAGAAAUAUCCAUUUUCAGGAGUGAAACAGGAAUGUUACUAUAGGCAGUACAGAUAUUAAAAGAAAGUGAUAAUUAUGAAUAUGUAUUCAAUAAAUUGUACUACUGUCCCGUUGUUCAUCGGUUUGCUCGAGUGGGCACCGGUAACGUCUCCAUUGUGAGAUUUGUUGUUAGUGUUUUUGGCAUAUCGAAUAUGCCUCAGGUAGCUUGCCAGGCUCUGCCAUGCAGGCAGGAUACUCUUGGUAUCUUAUGUAUUCAAUAAAUUAGACUAUAUAAACCACUUCCUCAAAAAUGCCAGCUUUGGGGCAGGAGAGAUAGUACAGGGAUUAAGGCACUUGCCUUGUGUGCAGCUGACUUGGGUGUGAUACCCAGCACACCAUAUACUGCCAUGAACACUUUCAGGAAUGAUGCAUGAGCAAAAAGUCAAGAGUACUGAGUGCUGCUGGGUACAGCCCCAGGACAAACUGCCACAAUAUACUCAACUUUAAACAUGCAGUCUGAAUAGUAGAAUAACUACUAAGAAAAUUGAAUUUGUAAUUUUAAAUUAUUAGUAUCCCCUUUCCCUUUCCUCUUUGUUUUGGGCCACACAUGAAGACACUCAGGGCUUACUCCUAGCUCUGCAUCAGGGAGCACUCUGGAUGGAAAGCUGGGGAUCAAACCGUGGUCUGCUGUGUGCAAGACCACUGUACUAUCUCUCUGGCCCAGUGUGCAGUGUGCAAGACCAUGGUACUGUCUCUCUGGUCAUCCACUUUUAAUUUUAGGGCUCACUGGGGUUUCACACUUCUUUUAGUGGCGUUGUUGACAUAUUCUUGGCUGUCAUAUACUGAAAUUGCAUACCCUGUGGCAUUAGAGGUUCUGAAUGGCAGUGACACCAGGAACAAACUCGGCAUGCGAUGGGACUCAUGGACUGUGGACUCACACCUGCAAGGCUCAGCCACUGAACUGCCCUUGGAACCUUAAAUUUUUAUUUUUUUCUUUUGGGGGGUUUUAGUUUGUUUUGGGGACACAUGACUGCUCAGAACUUCUGCUCCAUGCUCAAGGAUCACUUCCAGUGGACACAUGACUGCUCAGAACUUCUACUCUGUGCUCACGGAUCACUUCCAGUGGUGCUCAGGAAACAAUGCAUGCAGUGCUCAGGAUUAAACCCAGGGUUGGCUGAAUGCAAGGCAAGUGCUUUAUCCCCUGUACUAUCUCUCCAACCCCUAUUUUUUUCUUUUUAGACUCAAAUGGUUUCAUUGUAGAAUUUUACCAAACAAGAAUUACCACAGAUGAGUGGAUAAAUAAAAUACACUAUAUGCAUGUAAUGCAGUGUUAUUUAGCCUUGAAAAGGAAGAAUAUCCUGACACAGUAUGAAUAGUUGAAUCUGUGCCAAAGCCCUGAAGUCAAAAUCUUGAAAAGUUCUACCUCUGUUUUCUUCCUUGAUGUUUAACAUAGAGAUAGGUAUGUUAUUAAUGUCUCUAAUCCAUUUUGAGUUAGUCUUUAUGUGUGAUGUGAGUUAGGGAAUCUACAUUCAUAUUUUCGCAUGUGGCUAGCCAGCUUUCCUGGCACCAUUUGUUGAACAGCCUUUUCUGGCUCGGUUUCAAGCUUUUAGCCUUUUUGUUGUGAAUUAACUGUCCAUACAUGUGAGGCUUUAUAGCUGGAUUCUCAAUUCUAUUCUGUUGAUUUUAUAAAAGAAAGAAAGAAAAUAGGCAUUGUGAAGGUAUUGUGCUUUGUGAAAUAAACCGGUUGCUAAAGAACAAAUACUGUAUGAUUCCACUUAUGUGAGUUCCUUGAGUAGUCAAAUAAAUAAUAAGUCAUUGUUGGUUGUCCGGA